AUAUACAAUUAUAUAGAGCUUAAAUAGCCGGAUCAAUUCGUAUUUAAGGUUGUAUGAUGGUUAAAACGGGAAAUCGCAGUAAUUUUUAUUAUUUAAAUAGUAAAUUUAAACUUCAGUAAAAAUAUCCUAAAUAAUGUGAAGUGUCAAGAGCCAGGUGGACAUAGCCAUAUCCAUCAAAAAUGACAACACACGAUGAGGCUCAGUCAUACUUCUCACGUCUUAAUUCAAUUUCCGAAAAAAUUACCUGCGAUCUCAAUAAAGUUAAAUCUACAUACAACCAAGACGCUUGGCUUAAAUUGACUUUAAACGAACAGGAAAAAAUAUUGAAUAACCAAUUAAUAGAUCCUGUUAUAUUUUCUAAGUACUGUCAUAAGACUAAAGAAAACUAUGCGGCACAGGAUCCGUACGAAAAUACUGAAGUUAGUAAAAAUGAUUACCGUAAAUUUUGUUUCAGAGACAUUGUAUAUUUAUAUAACGGCCAAGAUUUACACACAUAUAAUUAUCAAAACGUUGGUUUAAAAAUAUUACGCGAUGAAAACACCGGAGAUUUUCAAGAUGAACAUUCGUUUCCAUUUUCUUAUCGAACCAAAUCACAAAUUAACAUAGUAUUAAAAGAAUUUGAUGAUAUCUGUCUUGUUGAAACUCCAUUAGGCGUAAAAAAGGCCAUUCAUUUAAAAUUGAAGACAAAAGAUUCAACCAAUAAAAAAAUACCAAUUCUCCACCUUAAUUCUAAUGAUAAAACCGGCGUUAACACAACGGAAAGAAAGAUUUCCAUUCAUGAAAACUUCUCAAAAACCCAAACUGUUUAUAUUGAUGAAUGUAUUGAAUCUAAUGAGAAAAUGCAACUGCUCGUUAAAUGUGGAUCGAAAAACAGUGUGUUAAACGACUUGUCUGAUUAUGAAAACGAAUUUAAAGAUGCACGUCAAGACGAAAAUACAAAACUGUUAUCCCCUGAACUAAAAAUGCCUAAGGGUUUCGAUUUUCUUAGCAAUUGGUAAAACCUAUUUAAAUCUCAUAGAUAGUCGAAGGAGAGCCGAUAUUUUAGAACAUAAUUUCAUUUGAUUUCAAGGCAAAACACCAAAACAUACACAUUAAUAUUAAUCGGUCGUAAGUCCAAACUUUAUACAUUACAUUAUUAAGGAUU